AUGCAUUUUGACAGUGACAGUGCCGUAACUGGAGCGGUGCCAACGGUGCCCAGUUAUAAAAUCGUGGUGCCCGCCGAAGCCACCAGGGACGUACUUUCCGGAAGGGUCCCGUAUCUUCUGGUAGAAGACGAAGGAGUGACGGUGUUCAGACCAGUGCACAUGUUUGCGGCUUUGAAGCUGAAAAAGGAAACCAUGACGCAUCUGGAGGACUACAGCUGUCUCGGCGCUCACGAGAGAUUUCUGGAGAAGAGGCCCAAGAAGAGAGUCGGAUUGGGCUAUAGAAGGAAGUAUAUAUCGCCGGAAUUGAUAGGGAGAGGAAUUUUUGUGGUCAUCGUGGGAAAUGGUGGGGUUGGCAAGUCAAGUAUGAUCCAAAGAUACUGCAAGGGAACGUUCACCAAGGAUUACAAAAAAACCAUAGGCGUAGAUUUUUUAGAAAGACAAAUAGAAGUUGACGGCGAAGAUGUACGAUUGAUGCUGUGGGACACCGCGGGUCAAGAAGAAUUCGACGCCAUCACGAAGGCGUACUACAGAGGGGCGCAGGCCUGCGUCCUUGCCUUUUCGACCGUCGAUAGAGAUUCUUUCGAAGCCGCCCAUUCUUGGAAACUAAAGAUCCUACAAGAAGCACCAGAAAAGGAAGAACAAAAUGUAGGUCCCCAAGAAGACGAAGACGAUGAUAAUACAAGACAUGCUGCAAUAGAAAAUCCCGUAUUAGGGAUCCCAAUUUCAGAAAAACCCUUAAACUAUUACAAUCAGCAAAUUAUCUUCAAAACAGUAAAUUAUGAAGCAAGACCUCCAGCAAUAUCACAAUUUUUUCCAAAUAAACUACGAGUCCACGUCCAAUUGGGAAAGAACGAUCUUCAAGCCGAUAUAGUCAAAUUUUUCAAAGAAUUUCUGCAGCCAGAAAGAAUAUAUACAUGCCUAUUCGAAACGAUGAAUUAUACAUCUAUAUAA